CCGCUCCUUUCCCCCCCGCCCCCCGCCCUUUCUCUUCCCGGUUUUCCUCUCAGCUGCGGAGCCUGGCUACUGGCAGCUUCCGGUAGGAGCGCCGCGAAGCGCGACCCGGUCUCUGCUCGUUGUCGAUGUCCUACGGUCCCUUAGACAUGUAUCGGAAUCCCGGGCCCUCGGGGCCCCAGCUCCGGGACUUCAACAGCAUCAUCCAGACGUGCAGUGGCAACAUCCAGCGGAUCAGUCAAGCCACUGCUCAGAUAAAGAAUUUGAUGAGCCAACUUGGAACCAAGCAGGACUCAAGCAAGCUCCAGGAAAAUUUGCAACAGUUACAGCACUCCACAAAUCAGCUCGCCAAGGAGACAAAUGAGUUGCUAAAGGAAUUAGGGUCUUUGCCCCUACCCUUGUCUGCAUCAGAGCAGCGCCAGCAGAGGCUUCAGAAGGAGCGUCUCAUGAAUGACUUCUCGUCGGCCUUGAACAACUUCCAGGCUGUGCAGAGAAGAGUGUCUGAGAAGGAGAAAGAAAGUAUAGCCAGAGCAAGAGCUGGGUCUCGUCUGUCUGCAGAAGACAGGCAGAGAGAGGAGCAGCUCGUCUCAUUUGACAGCCAUGAGGAGUGGAACCAGAUGCAGAGCCAGGAGGAUGAGGCGGCCAUCACUGAGCAAGACCUGGAACUUAUUAAAGAGAGGGAAACGGCGAUUCGGCAGCUAGAGGCUGACAUUUUGGAUGUCAAUCAGAUAUUUAAAGAUUUAGCCAUGAUGAUCCAUGACCAAGGUGACCUGAUAGAUAGCAUAGAAGCCAAUGUGGAAAGCUCAGAGGUGCAUGUGGAAAGAGCCACUGAUCAGCUGCAAAGAGCUGCUUAUUAUCAGAAAAAGUCUCGCAAGAAGAUGUGUAUCCUCGCGCUUGUCCUGUCUGUGAUUCUUACAGUCUUGGGAGUGGUUAUCUGGUUUGCUUCUAAAUGAGGUGCGGUUGCCUCAGAGCCUUCUCCUGCUGAGUUGUUUUCAAGGGCAAGUGCUUGAUGGAGUCUUGCCAGAACAAACUGACCACAGAAGAGAGCGUGUACCAGAGUGUCCUGUGAUAAUUUAGCUAGAAACUAACUACUAACUAGUCCUUGGAAUUAGCGACCCAUGGAGACAGUAUUUAUCCAUUUAUGCAUACAUUCUAUUGAUUUCUCAGAUAAGGAAUUAACUUAUGUGUAUUUCCCUUUCUCUUGUAUUUUGAUUGCCCUUUAUCCCAAGUGUUUAUUGACAGUUCCAUUGCGGAUGUUCUUUUUGACAGGUGACACUACAGUCUCAUAAUAUUGUUUUUUGUAUAUAUACAAACUCUAACUUUUUAUGAGCAUCUGAGAUAAAUUUACUUCUGGAGCCAGCCCAUUGAAGUCUGAGAAACUGUACAAUAUGCCAGCAAUUUUUAUUUAAACAUUUCAAUUUGAGUUUCCAAGGGGUCUGUUCUCUGUUUUGCAAGAUUUUGGCACUGUAUGUAAGUGGGGAAUAAGAACACUGCACCCAUGACUUCAGAUGAAAUGAGAAGGGCCUGUCUGUGAGAGUGGCCCCAUUGCCAGGGUGUGUAUGAAAGUCUGGGUUUAAGUUAAACUGACUUUAUUGUCUGCUGGUAUCGUUUAUAGAGUCCAUCCCCGCACACUAAGUCAUCCUGCUCCUGUUUUAAAGAGGUUUGCUUCAUUGACAAUGUUACAAUCAGAUGGGCCCCUCUUCCACCUGUCUGCAUAGAAAGGGAGAAUUAGGCACAGCAUGAUUUUGGAAAGCAAAUAGGGAUCGUUUGGAAUGGUUCUCUUGUUGUUCAUUUGUGGCUUACAUUCCUGGUGAAUGAUAAAUGUUGCUGUCAAAGGCUGUUCCCGAGCCUUAUAAGUGUUGCCUGGCUUUGAUGGCAAGAUUUUAAAAUUUAGACUGAAGUGGGGUUUGAAACUUAGGUCUGUGAACAUAUUGAUAAAGCAAAGGUUCCUUUUUGUAAAUAAUACUGGUUUAGUGAUGUUAGACUUAGCCUAAUUUAUGAACAAGAGAUCAAACUCAGCGUAGUGUUAGACAAAAACAGUUUUAAUAAAAGAUUGUUGUCUUGUAAUAUAAACGUUGUCCACUGCCCUUUUUCACAGGCCUAGAACAGGUAGAGUGUAAUUGGUUUAGGCAUUCAGAUAAAUGUGAAUCGAGGCUGAAAAUGUCAGCUCAUCCUUCACUGAAUUGGAGGAUUUGGCUACUGUUGGUAUAUUUAUGUUUAUUUCUUCUAUUCCUCUUAAUGUUACUUAAUCUUGUUCUAUACUAAUGUGAUCGGUAGGGAAAUAAGGGCCCAAAUGCAUAAGUUUCUUUGCACUUUUGCACCAUCCCUCCUACUUAAUACAAAUAAACAUUUAAAAGCUUU